UCGCCGCACGUCAACAAGAAAUCUUGCCGGCUUGUUCUCUAUUUAUUCGCAUUUAUUGUUUAUUUAUUAAGCCAGCAACAUGAUUGAAACAAUGUAUAGCCUGCCUUUUCACAUACUCGUGCCACCAAACAUAAAAGUGCGCCGUUUGUCCAUACCAAUGCCUUCGGCAAUGGGCGUUUUUUCUGUUGUGUUGCUCUCAUACUUUCUUGUGACGGGAGGUAUUAUCUAUGAUGUCAUAGUGGAACCACCAAGCGUGGGCGCCACCGUUGACGAACACGGACAUUCCCGACCCGUAGCUUUUAUGCCAUACCGUGUUAAUGGCCAAUACAUUAUGGAGGGAUUGGCCAGCAGCUUCCUCUUCACUAUUGGCAGCCUGGGCUUCAUCAUUAUGGAUCAAACGCACGCCCCAGGCAAGACGAAUCUCAAUCGGCUGCUGCUUACAGCCAUGGGCUUCAUAUUUAUUAUAGUUUCCUUCUUCACCACAUGGCUGUUUAUGCGCAUGAAGCUGCCUAGCUACCUACAGCCUUAAAGCAUAUAACACCGAUUUGAUAAUAAUAGGAAUCAUGCAAAGCACUCUCAAUGUUUUAGUAUUGCAA